AUGUGGAACCCUUGGGUAAUUGCCGCCCUGUCGGCCAUGGCUGCUGCGCAGCUUACUGGCCAUGUUGGGCCCCUGACUUCGGUGGCUGAGAAGGCGGCGAUCAAGACAUGCAAUGUCCUCGACUACGGAGCGGUGGCUGAUAACUCAACAGAUGUUGGCCAACCCAUUGCUGACGCCUUCGCUGACUGCUCCUCUGGCGGACUGGUGUAUGUGCCCGAGGGAAACUAUGCGAUGCAGACUUGGGUCUCGCUGGCAGAUGGAGUGGGAUGGGCGCUACAGAUUGACGGGGUCAUCUACCGGGCGGCCAACCCCUCCAGCCAGAGUUACAUGAUUGAGAUUUCCGGUGGGAGUGACUUUGAGCUCUUCAGCUCCACGUCGGCCGGCGCCAUUCAGGGCAGCGGCUAUCUCUACCACAUGCAGGGUACCGCCAUCGGUCCACGCCUGUUGCACGUCUCCGCAGUUUCGGAUUGGUCGGUCCAUGACUUCCUGCUGGUAGACGCCCCCAUGUUUCACUUUGUCAUCCAGGGUGGGAUCAAUGGGGAGAUUUAUAACAUGGCAAUCCGGGGUGGGAACGAGGGAGGAUUGGAUGGCAUCGACGUCUCCGGCACCAAUAUAUGGAUCCACGAUGUCAUGGUCACCAACAAAGAUGAGUGUGUCACGGUCAAGAAUGAUUCAACUAACCUCUUGAUUGAGGAUAUAUACUGCAACUGGAGUGGUGGUUGCGCUAUCGGAUCUCUGAGUCUCGGGGCCAAUGUCAGCAACAUCGUCUACUCCAAUAUUUACACUUGGUCAUCCAACCAGAUGAUGAUGAUCAAGAGUAACGAGGGCAGUGGUACCGUGUCUAAUGUGGUGUUUGAGAACUUUAUCGGCCACGGCAAUGCGUACUCCCUGGAUAUCGACAGCUACUGGGCCAGUAUGUCCUCAAGCGGUGGCGAGGGUAUUGAGAUCAGUAACCUCACUAUUCGCAACUGGAAGGGAACAGAGGCCAAUGGAGAGCAGCGUGGACCCAUCAAAGUCCUCUGUCCCGAAGGCAAUCCGUGCUACGACAUUACCAUUGAGGACUUUGCCAUGUGGAGCGAGUGGAACUAUGGGCAAUGGUAUUCGUGUGGGAGCGCGUAUGGUGACGGCUUUUGUCUGGACAACAGCACCGACCCGGACAGUUACACCUCCUAUGCGGCCACGACCACCACCGUCUGGACUGCUCCAUCUGGCUAUUCCGCCGCUACUAUGCCAGACGACCUCGCAACUGCCUUUGGAUUAACCGCCCCGAUUCCCAUCCCGACUCUGCCCGCCUCUUUCUUCCCAGGGGUCACACCUAUCAGCCCAUUCGCGGGUGCAUCCGCACAGGCAACUCCCAGCAGCUCCUCUAGGACAGUGGUCUCCAUUACCCCCUCUUCGCUGGUAUCUCACCUCUUGAUGGCCAGUCCCUCUACUACCACCAGUCCCAUGACCAGCUCCAGCAGCUCUUACAUCUCUACAGCGGAGCGCUCGGGUGUGAACAAGGCGGAGAAUCCGACCAAGGACCAUCACCACCACCACAUGCAUUCCUGCCAGCGCCAUGGACAGUGCCACUAG